AUGCUCCAUCAAACAUCAACUAAACCAGAUUUAUUCAUGAAAAAUAGUUGUACUGAUUUACAAAGUCGACUUAAAAUUAGAAAAAUAUUAGGUGUUGGAGAUACAGCUGGUUCUAAAGUUAGUCAAAUACUUGGACAUUCAGAUCAUUUAGUUUUUCAAUUACCACCUAAACUUGCUGCAUGGCUUCUAUUAACAACAACAUUAUUUAGUUGUUUUACUGUGAUGGGUCUUCUUUGGCCAUCAUGUUUACAAUUUAUAUUACCCGGUGGUUUCGAAUCAACGCUACAUCUUGGCACAUCAUAUGCUUUUUUGGCAACUAUGCUUGGUUUAACACUUCGAUCGGGUGACAAAACUUCUUUAAGACUUGUUCUUUUUUCUCUUGCUCUAUUUCAUGGUUUAUCAUUUUUUAUUUCUAUAUGGUUUCUUAAAACAAGUGAUACAAAAAUAAAGUCAAUGGCAUCACUUAUUCUUCAUUUCGGUUGUCUAUUAAUAAAUGCGCAUUUUUAUCGAUCAAUUAUUCGAUCUGCGUCAUCAUUUCGAUCACAUACUAAACUCAAAUCAUAUUUUCAUUCGAUCUUAUCAUUUUCAUCAUCAAUCGAUAAUAAUACUGGACAUGAUUCUUCUUAA